UCAACGAUAAUGCAUAUGCUUAAGCAUAUCGGCGAUGAAGUGAAAAAUUCAAACACUUCACAAUUGCAGAAACAAACUAUCAGUGAAAUUGAAUUAUUGAUUUUACUGAUUGAAGAUCCAGUAUUUCAUGAUAUAAUUGUUAUUUUUGAUUCAUUAAAUGAUUUAAAUAAUCAAAUUCUACAGCAUCCCUCAAUUUUGCCCGGUGAUUUUAUAAUCAAUUCAGCUGGUCAAUUAGAAGUAUCAAUUCCAAAUUCAGCAAAGUCAACUGUAAACGAUGUUAUAUAUCGAAAAAUAUACCAUGACAGCAUUGAAUUAGAUGAUCAACGAGUUCCAGUGGUGCAACCUGGAGAUAUGUUAAAUGAAGAAAUUACUAUUAAGGCUAUUCUUAGAACUUCCUGCCAUGUUUUAGUUUAAGAUGUUUUUAUAACUCCUUCCAGAGUUUUGAACUCUUAAAGCUCAAAAAUUCUACUGGUAUAUAUUUUCGAGCUUGAAAAUUUGAUGGUUGUUGGGAACUCGGUUCUUUGGAGAUUCAAAUUGCGAUAUCUCCCGAACAAAUCAACCGUUUUUUAUGCAGCUUGCGUCAUUCAACAGAGUUUGUCAAGCACACAAACAAUAGUUAUCAGAAAUAAAAUGAU